AGAGAGAGAGAGAGAGAGAGAGAGAGAGAGAGAGAGCGUUCUCCUCCUCCUCCGCAGUUUGCAGUGUGUUAUGUCUCAGACUCGGAGGUAGAGAGUCAGAGCUGCUAGUCUGGCGGAUCUCAACCUCUGAAACAAACCCCCGGUGUCUUCUCUCAUCCGUCCCCGCUUCCGUCCUCACUCUGCCCGGGUCGGUUUCUCUCUCUGGAGCCCUUGGAAGCAUCUAUUUAUUCACCUUUCUACCCCUUUUCCUCCUCUCGACUCCGGCCAACAGUUUGGUCUCUGGGAUUUGAUUUUUCUAUUACUAUCCGGUGGUUAUUUCACUCCACACAGUUCCCUUCCACCGCCGCUGCUGCCGCCGCUGCCGCUGCCGCCGCCGCCGCUGCUGCUGCUGCUGCUGCUCUGCUGCCGCUUUUACGCACCGACGCUUAUUUUGGAUUUGCUCAUUACUGGAGAAAAACACAUAAAUCAGCGACGUGGAUCCGUGGAUGCGCCUUUUUGGCUCAAACUGGAGAUGGAAAUGCUGACAUUGUUAUUUCAUUCCCUGUGGAUAUUGCAAUGCAACACAGUGAGCGCCGACUCCAUCAUUCACAUUGGUGCAAUAUUUGAGGAGAACGCAGUGCGGGACGAUGAGGUGUUCCAGCUCGCCGUGUCUGACCUCAGUCUGAGCGAUGACAUCCUGCAGAGCGAGAAGAUCACACACUCUAUUAAACUCAUCGAGCCCAACAACCCGUUCCAGGCGGUGCAGGAAGCCUGUGAGUUGAUGAACCAGGGUAUAUUGGCGUUGGUCACUUCUACGGGCUGCGCCUCAGCCAGUGCGCUGCAGUCUCUGACGGACGCCAUGCACAUCCCUCACCUGUACAUCCAGAGAAACAGCGAGGGGUCGCCACGGACCGCCUGCCAGUUCAACCCGAGCCCCGGAGGGCAGCGCUACACCCUCGCGGCCCGGCCUCCUGUUCGCCUUAAUGACGUCAUGCUGACUCUGGUGGAGGAGCUGCGCUGGCAGAAGUUCAUCGUCUUUUAUGACAUCGAGUACGAUAUCCGCGGCCUGCAGGGUUUCCUGGACCAGACGUCCCGUCAGGGCGUGGACGUGGCCCUGCAGCGCGUCGACAGGAACAUCAGUAAAGUCUUCACCAACCUCUUCACCACCAUGAGGACCGAGGAGCUGAACCGCUACAGGGACACGCUCCGCAGAGCCAUCCUGCUGCUGAGCCCCCACGGAGCCCACACCUUCAUCCAGCAGGCGGUGGAAACCAACCUGGCCUCCAAAGACAGCCACUGGGUGUUUGUCAAUGAGGAAAUCAGCGACACAGAAAUCCUGGAGCUUACCCACAGUGCACUGGGGCGCAUGACGGUGAUCCGUCAGAUCUUCCCCCUGUGGAGGGACAGCAGCACCCGCUGCAUGAGACACAACCACCGCAUCUCCUCGCUGCUCUGCGACCCGCAGGAAGGAUACAUGCAGAACCUCGAGGUGUCUAACCUCUACCUGUAUGACAGCGUGCUAAUGCUCGCUAACGCCUUCUACAGGAAGCUGGAGGACAGGAAGUGGCACAGUAUGGCCAGCCUCAACUGCAUCAGGAAGUCCACCAAGCCGUGGAACGGAGGCUGGUCCAUGUUGGAGACCAUCCAGAAGGGGAACAUCACGGGUCUGACAGGUACGAUGGAUUUUAAGGACAGCGGCUCCAACUCUCACGUCCAGUUUGAGAUUCUUGGCUCCAGCUUCAGCGAGACCUUCGGCAAGGACAUCAAGAGGCUCGCCACCUGGGACUCAGUCAACGGCCUCAACGGCAGCCUGAAGGAGAGCCGCAUAGAGAACGGCAUGCAGGGAGUGACGGUCAAAGUGGUCACUCUGCUGGAGGAUCCCUUCGUCAUGGUGGCGGAGAACAUCCUGGGGCAGCCCAAGAGAUAUAAAGGCUUCUCCAUCGACGUCCUGGACGCCCUCGCCAAAAUUCUGGGCUUCAAAUAUGAGAUCUACCAGGUGUCGGACAGUAAAUAUGGAGCUCAACUUCCCAACGGCUCGUGGAAUGGCAUGAUCGGGGACCUCAUCAACAAGAGAGCUGACCUGGCGGUGUCGGCCAUCACCAUCACGCCGGAGCGUGAGAACGUGGUCGACUUCAGCAAGCGUUACCUUGACUACAGCGUCGGCAUCCUGCUGAGGAAACCCGAAGAGAAGAUCAACAUAUUCUCUCUGUUCGCGCCCUUCGACCUGGCCGUGUGGGCGUGCAUCGCCGCCGCCAUCCCCGUGGUCGGCGUGCUCAUCUUCCUGCUCAACCGGCUGCAGGCGCUGCGCUCCUCCUCCAACCAGAACGUGCCGCCAGGCCAGCCGUCGAACGGCGGCGUGGGGUCGGGCUCGCUGCACAGCGCCAUCUGGAUCGUCUACGGAGCUUUCGUGCAUCAAGGUGGGGACGGCGUGGUCAGCUCGGUGGCGCUGAGGAUCGUCAUGGGCAGCUGGUGGCUCUUUACGCUCAUCGUGUGCUCGUCGUACACCGCCAACCUGGCUGCUUACCUCACCGUGUCACGCAUGGACCACGCUAUACGGUCGUUCCAGGACUUGGCGCGUCAGAUCGACGUGGACUACGGCACGGUGAGGGACUCGGCGGUCUACGACUACUUCAGGAACAAAGGAACCAACCCUCUGGAGCAGGACAGCACCUACGCCGAGCUGUGGAGGACCAUCAGCAAGAACAGCGGCCAGGACUACUCUGUUUCCAGCCCGUCGGAGGGCAUCCGCAAGGCGAAGAAAGGUCCGUACGCCUUCCUGUGGGACAUGGCGGUGCUGGAGUACGCCGCUCUGACCGACGACGACUGCACCAUCACCGUGUCGGGGAACAGCAUGAGCAGCAAAGGCUACGGCAUCGCCAUGCAGCACGGCAGCCCCUACAGGGACCUCUUCUCCCAGAAGAUCUUGGAGCUCCAGGAGAAAGGCGACCUGGACAUCAUGAAGCAGAAGUGGUGGCCCCGCACCGGCCGCUGCGACCUCAACAGCCACAGCAGCGCCCACCCGGACGGCCGCUCCCUCAAGCUGCACAGCUUCGCCGGCGUCUUCUGCAUCCUGGCCGCCGGCCUGCUGCUGGCCUGCCUGGUGGCCGGGCUGGAGGCUUGGUGGAACAGCAACCGCUGCCGCCAGGAGCAGCCCAAAGAGGUUACUAAGGAUUACAGACUGGCAAGGGUUUCUGGUCCAUUGACAUAUAAUGACAUUACAACUGCUUCAUCGGAGGGGAGGAGGGACAUUUGGACAGACAGAGAGAGAGGCUGGGAUGAAGCAGAAGCUAUUGAUACAGGACAAGGAGGUGAACCUGGAACAGGUGCAUCGUCGUAUGAACAGUCUUUUGGACGAGGACUUGGCCCACAAGCAGAUCCCCGGCCCCUCUAUCGAGAUCUCUGCGCUGGACAUCGGCAGCAUGCAGCCCAGCCAGAUGCCGGGGCAGGAGUCCGUGCGGGACUACCCGGCCUCGGGCCUCGCUGUGACCACCUUCCUCCCCGGGGAGAGGGGGCCACCUCCUCCUCUUCCCCACCCUCACCAUGGGGGGACCCUAGGCAGGACGCUACCUCUGUCCCAGGGCCCUGGCAGCAACACGUUGCCCCUACACCACCCGCUCAGCAGCACCAGCCUCAGCGGCACCAUGCAGUGCAAACACAGGGCCCCCAACGGGGGGCUCUUCCGGCAGAGCCCUGGCAAGACACCCAUGCCAAUGUCCUACCAGGCAGUCUCCGCAGGACCCAUACCCGAAGCCAUUGAGGCCACCCACAGUACAUCCAUAUAGUGAUCCGAGGAGGGGCGGGGUGGGGGUGGCUUGGGUUGGGUUGGGGGUCAAACUACUGCAGUCAUCUCUGGACUUUGGUCCGGUUUUGGGUGCAAAGGGGGGAUGUUGAGGAAAAUUAUUAUAGAAGGAAAAAACAUAAAUGUACAAAUUUAAAAGAUUUUGUAUCUCACUACCUGUUCAGAAAAUCCGACGUUACCUACGACAACAGCGAAAAAAAAGAAAAAAAGAAAAAUCGUGCGGGUUGGCAGGUGUAAUUUUUCUCUUGUACAUAUCUGUAUAUACCAAGAGAACGAAGUGAGGUUAAAGUGUAUUUUGAAUAUUCUCAAUUUUUGAAGUUGAGUUAUAAAAAACAAACAAAAAUGAGAUUAAAAAAAAACACAUAUAUAUAUAUAUAUAAAUAUAUAUAUAUAAACAUUGAUGAAAAAGUUAUGACUGUUUGAAUGGCUUUGUAAAUUUUGUUCAAUAUGAAACAAUGACGCGAAAUUCAUUGUGAUUGUUUUCUAAGUGCCGAAAUUAAACGAUGUCUCUCCACAACUCAUCAAUGUAAACGACUACCCAUGAUGCACCGCUGUAGGGACAUUUUAGUGUUGGACACCUACUGUUAUGCACCUCUGUACCAACCCUAUAUAUAUAUCUUCAGCAUCGGACGAAAAUGAUCACAAUCUCUUUUUUCUUUUUUUCAUUUGUAUUAAAUAUAUAAUAUACAUUGUUUUUUCAAAUCAAAAGUCUACAUUCAUUUUCUUACGUUGACUGUAAAUGGUGUAUCGUUCAACAAUUGGGGGGAAAAACAAAGUUGAGUGGAGCUGAGUGGUUUGUUUUUAGAGUAGCUUUUAUUCGGCAUCAGUAUUAUCCGGAGCCCUGUACUACGAGUUCAACAUACCCAGGAUAUCUUCUCGUUGUCUCGCUUCACUAACAACUCCAGUCAUGGAUCAAUAGUAUCACCAAGGUGGUUAUCAACUUUCUGAGUUAACCCUUUCCUCUUCAGGCUCUGUGUUCACAUAAAGCGUCAUUUGACUGAACUAUCGGAAAACGAACGCUUUCCUAUGGUCGGAAAUAUGUGCCACCAGAAACUGAAUUUGAAUUAUUUAUAUUUGAAUUUGAAUUGCUUAACUUGAAUAAUUGCAUUACAAACUGAAUUUGAAUCACAUAAUUUGAAUUUGUAUUGUUCAGUUUGAAUCAUUGCAUUGAAAAACUGAAUCUGAAUUAUAAUUCAAAAUUGAAUUUAUUAGUUUAGAACUGAACAUUCAGUUCUCACAAUUCAAAUUCAGUUCACAAAAUACAAUUUCGACUUUCUGCGACGAACAUCCGGGUGGUUGAGGCAGAGCAAUCGAGCUCGGAUACACAGAGCGCCUCUUCGGCCAAUCAGCACCUCCGUUUUCUUUUGUAACAUUUGUUGCCACCCGGUUGCCAUAGCGCCUCUUUGGCCAAUCAGCACUUCCGUUUUCUUUUGUAACAUGUGUUGCCACCCUGUUGCCAUAGCGCCUCUUCGGCCAAUCAGCACCUCCGUUUUCUUUUGUAACAUUUGUUGCCACCUGGUUGCCAUAGCGCCUCUUUGGCCAAUCAGCACCUCCGUUUUCUUUUGUAACAUUUGUUGCCACCUGGUUGCCAUAGUGCCUGUUCGGCCAAUCAGCACCUCCAUUUUUUUUUUUUGGUAACAUUGGUUGCCACCCGGUUGCCAUAUCGCCUCUUCAGCCAAUCAGCACCUUCGUUUUCUUUUGUAACAUUUAUUGCCACCUUGUUGCCAUAGCGCCUCUUCGGCCAAUCAGCACAUAGUUUUCUGUGCUCAAUUGCUCUGCCUCAAGUAUUCCAACUGAAUGGACAACAGUGUAUUUAUUUAACCACCCCAUGACUACUGUUGGUUUCUAACCUGGCAAAUUUUUUGAUGGUAACGCUGGUUAAUAAUAAAGUGAAGUAUUAAUGAGCAUACUACCUUAUUUAAUAGCAGAGUCAUGUUAGAGACUGUGUGGGUUAAUAUCCAGAGAACACUUCAAACGUAUUCAGUAGUUCAGUGAGAGCGGAUUUCAAGCGGAAACUCAGACUACCAUGGUGAUCGAGCCAGGUUUAAAGAGAGCCACCUUUGUGAUACUGAAAUCCAGGGUUAAAGUUACCUCCCUCACCUUCAAAUCUCCAUAGUACAGGGCUCAGGUGAGGAGGUUCAGGUGGGAAUAGCAGGAGGAAGGAGGAAGGAGAGGCUGUUGGGCUGCGAUCACACUCUGUUUGUUUGUUUGUCGGGGAAAGGGUGACUUUCUUACUUUUGCUUUUGGAUUCUCUACUAAACGCAAAAUUGGCCUCUUCUGGAAACAUGAGAUGCUUUUUGAAACUUUUUGAAAGUGUUAUUUUUUUCUAUCUUUGUACAUUAAGAAUUGGCUUCUCUUUAUUGGUGUUUUUAAUUCAAACUACCGUACCUUCCCUCCCAAAGUGUGAAGGAAUACUAUACCUUUAAAAAUUACCAUUUGUAUAACCCACCAUGUUUUACCUUGAACUUGUUAAUAAAACUUUGUUUUUACUCGCAUGCCUCGACAGUGAACAGAAUCAAAACAAUUUUCAUUGCCAAGUAGGUUUUCACAUGCAAGGAAUUUGCUUUGGUGUAUUGGUGCAAAAGAACAAACAAAGUAGUUAAGUUAAGGCAAGAAGAGACAGAAAACUCAAGGCAAAACUAAAUUAAUUCAAGUAAAUGGAGGCCAGCAACAGCAAAACAUCUGUUUAAAACUCUCCCACGACUUUUAUGGUAUCUUCCAAGUCUCAUUUAUCCAGUUGUAGGCACAAUAAUACUGGUCAAAAUAAUUGCUGUUCACAAUAUUAUCCCAAUAAUUAUCAAAAUAUGCUUAAAAUGGAACUUCAUGACAUCAAAUGAGGAUAAGGAAUUUCUGUAAAAUAAGAUACAUUUGGCAGUCCGUGGCCUAGAGGUUAGGAAUCACGCUUGUCGCCGGUUUGAAUCCCAGAACUGACAAGUCAAGGGCUGAAGUGUCCUUUUUGCAAGACAAACAACGCCCCCACACACCCGCUAAGCAUGGUGUUUUCACUGGUGUGUCAAAGAAUGGGUUAAAUGAAGAGGUUGAAUUUCCCCAUUGUGGGACUGCUAAGGGAAUCCUAAUUGUACUUGACUUUAAAAGUUACUUAUGGGCUGUGGGAAACAGAAGAAUUUGCUUUGGUGUGAAGGAUUGAAGGAAUAGUAUUGAAAAACAGUAGUCAAAAAACAUUGUGCUAACAUUAUAAGACGUGUGAGCCUGUUUGCGAGCUUGUCAUCUAUUUCAAGUCACUUGUGAUGAUUAUACGGAGAGAGAGGAGCCAUCCACUGUGGGUUUUUUUGGUCCAUAAAGGUUUUGUCUAGCGGAUGAUCCGGGUAUUUCAAGAUGGCCUCGAACAUCUUGACAGCACCUCCUCCAGUUUGUCCAACCUGGCUCCAACCAGCCUCUGGUGUCCAUUUCCUGACUGUGGCUUUAGUUGUAGGCUUCCUCCACACACAGGGUUUGUAACAAGUCUCCAGAAGAAUUAAGUUGUGAUCUGACCUACUAAGUGGUGGUAAGGCAGUUGCUCGUAAGAUUUUUUGACAUUUGCAUACAACAUUUGCAUAUUUGCAUAUAUUUAUGUGUGUGUGUUAUGUGUUAGGGAAGCACAGAGUAUAAAACUGAACAAAUGGGGUGUGAAACAAAUGUUUUGAUACAGUUUUCAUGUUUUUAAAUGUGGGCUCCAUUUACUGUAAUUAAUGGACAAUUUACUACAUUUUUGGAUUCCCCGUUCACUGGAAGGCAUGCAAGAACAACAAACUUUUCUUCUUGAAUUCACGUGGUGAAUAAUUGAUAUACAAAUGGUCAUUUUGAAAGGUGAAGAAUUUAUUUUACUGCUCCAAAAUUUUAAUGGAAGGAUGGAAACACUGGAAAAAAGUACAUUGUACUGGUAAAUGUCCAUGACAGAGAGUUUAGGAAACACGGUUCACAACAACUGGUAACAUUAACUCCAGUUCCCUGAGCACAUCCACUCUCAGACAAACUGCUUAUUUUAUUUUUUCCAGCAGAAUGAGAAAAGCUGAAAAAGAGCAUCAGUUCACAUUUUAUAUUGUUUUCCUUCAGUUUUCAUAUUGAGAUGAGGUGACUGAGUCAAGUAGUGAAGGGACUUCCCGUGCUUUAUUUACUAGUUGGUGCACUUUGUUCAACAAAGUUCAACUGAAAACAUACUCAGUCACCAUUGCUAAAGCCUUUUUUUAUUUGCCAAGACCGGCAUCUAGUGGGGUAAAAAAAAAAAUAAAGCAAAUGGUUCACGAAGCUUCAAUGUCUUUCCACCAGAGUCAAGACUGUUGCCUGAGCAGAGUACUGGAUGCAAUAAAGCAUCGAAAUAUGGGCCCAUUCCAUCCCAAAUUCAGAUAGAAAGUCUGAAAGCAAAAGAAACACAUGCAAUGUGAUUUUUGCAAACCAAA